CACCUCGGUAAGCCCUAGCUUGUUUCUAGUGCCUCUUCCUCAAAAAAUCAAGUGAGAUUUAGUUCUUUUUCCCCCUCCCAAGUUUGAUUUAGGGCUUUGUAGGCUUAUGACUCUACAACCAUGAUCAAUCGAGAUCUUGCUGUUGUUGCCUUCUCUCCAAUUCUUGGUCCGUGUCGGGUAACUAGAGUAUGUAGGAGAUUGCCAUUCUUAGCAUCUUUCGGUUCUAAGUCACCUUCAUCUCCUUGAAACCUUGAAAUUCUUGCUUGUUGUAUAGCUACAAGAUAAGCCGCGCGUUUCUGCUCUUCUUCUUCUCCCCUGCAGCUGAACAAGAGCCAAGCCACCGACACACCCACCCUUUUGAGAACGGUAAAAAGCUUGAUCUUUUUCCCUUCUUUUCUUGUUCAAGAAUAAGAUUUAGAACCUUGAAAUCUUUCCCUUCUGCAAAAAAUCCCAGAUCUGCUCUAUUCCUUCCUCUUCGUUCGCUGCUCUGCUAUGUGGGUGUGAUUUUUUCAGGUUUCUGAUCCCCUGAUUUCUCCUUCCAUUCCUGUAGGCCUCCCCCAAACCCGCCAACUCUGGUUUGCUUGCUGAAUUUUUCGGUUCUUGAUUGUUCUGUCACCCUAGCACUUGGAGUGAAUUUUCUGUGUUAUGCAAUUGAGGAAGUGAAUCCCGAGGCCUGGUUAACCAGGGGGAGUGAUGUGCUAGAAGGCUAGUCAAUAUUUUGGACUUAGAUCCUUUUUGGGCUUAGGCAGUUAGCCACACAUGCUUGUCAUAGAUGUGAAAUGAUAAAUCUUUUUUUUUUUUUAUACUGAAUUUUCCUUGGUUAUAGCCAUGACUGUUUUAUAAACUUUUGUACAUCUGGACUAGUAAAUUUUUUGGAAAUGG